GCACUUCCGGUCGCUUUGGGUGUGAAUGCGCAUUGAAAAGAAUUUGGCAGUUCAUGGGAGGAAAUGCUGAGACGAGGAGCUGGUCCUAGGUUGUUUUAGAUUCCGUGGGCGUCCCUGGCUAAUACCACUUGGGCCAAAUGGCGCCAGCCAAAGGCGGGAGCCAUGCCCAUGAAACGGGCAUGUGGCGUCGUAGCCAGGGGUGGGUGGAUUACUUCGUGCGCUGAUGUAGCCUGCUUAGAUCCAUCGCGUUGUUUGUCUGCUGGCGAUGCUCGUAGCCGAAGCGGAAAUGAAGUCAAGCUGCAUGCUGCAUCUUGGCCAGGCGAGUUUGCAGGUUUGCAUUGCAUCAAUUGCUAUAUGGAAUUACGUCCACGGGACACAUACGUGGCAUGAAAUAGACGUCCACUCGGUAGAUUUACCAGAGAUCUACCUCUGAUGACAGCCCCAGUCUCGUAA